GUGAUUGAUGCCAGCAACGUGCGGGAGCUUCUGGACUAUGCUUCCCGGGUGACGCCACCGCUGGAGACCCUGAACCAGAAGUGCUACGAGUUCUGGACCUCCCAUCCGGAGCAUCUGAGCUUCAUGAAGAGCCCGGUGAGGGACCGCCUACCCUCCAACUUGCCCACCGUGGCCUCUCCAGAGCUGCGUGCGGCCACGGAGUCAGAGGCGAGAUCCACGCAGAGCCGGCAGCACUUCGAGCACCUGCAGGCGCAUCUCCAGCAGCUGGCUCAGCCGCCGGCCUACACCCCUGCCUCUGUCGCAG